UUUAAGACCUCCGAGUAUGUGUAAUGGAACAAGACUGCUUAUUAAAGAAUUAAAGGACAAUUUAAUUGUAGCGACCAUUAUUACCGGCCCAGCAGCUGGUCAGCUAGCUCAUAUUCCGAGGAUACCGAUGAUCCCAACUGAUCUGCCAAUCCCGUUUAAACGGGUUCAAUUUCCGGUGAAAUUAUCUUUCGCGUUGACUAUUAACAAGUCCCAAGGUCAAACCUUCGAAUUAGUAGGGAUCGACCUACGAAAGGAAUGUUUUACUCAUGGCCAAUUGUAUGUGGGCCUAUCACGAGUUGGAUCUGCUGAUAAUCAAUUUAUUUUGCUGCCACAAAAUAAAACAACAUCAAAUAUCGUUUACAGAGAAGUUCUAACCCAAUAA